AGUCCACUACUUACACUUGGAAAAAUGGUGAAUCACUCUCCUUUUGGCGGUCAUCCUCUUUUAAAUUCUCACUCCACUUUCUCUCUCAUCUAUCAAACCCUAAACCUCGACAAAAAUGAAGACAAAGACGCCAUUAAAGCAGCUCAAGCUCUCACUUCCUGCUCAAGAAACUCCAAUCAGUAGCUUCUUGAGUGCGAGUGGAACAUUUCAAGAUGGUGAUUUGUUGCUAAACCAGAAAGGAUUGCGGCUUAAAUCUGAAGAUAAAGAACCUCGUCAAUCAGAUGCUAAAGAUCUUGACUUUCAAGUUACACUGGAGGAUCUUGAGACUGUAAAGGUCAUUGGCAAAGGAAGUGGCGGAGUAGUUCAGCUUGUUCGGCAUAAAUGGGUUGGCAAAUUAUUUGCUUUGAAGGUCAUCCAAAUGAACAUACAAGAGGAGAUUCGUAAACAAAUUGUACAAGAGUUGAAAAUAAACCAGUCAUCUCAGUGUCCUCAUAUAGUUAUAUGUCACCAUUCCUUUUAUCACAAUGGAGCUUUCUCUCUUGUUCUAGAGUAUAUGGACCGAGGCUCUUUGGCCGAUGUCAUCAAACAAAUCAACACGAUUCUGGAACCUUACCUUGCAGUUGUUUGCAAGCAGGUGUUACAGGGUCUUGUAUACUUGCAUAAUGAAAGGCAUGUCAUACAUAGGGAUAUGAAGCCUUCCAAUCUGUUGGUAAAUCACAAAGGAGAAGUAAAGAUUACUGACUUUGGUGUUAGUGCGAUGCUAGCUACCUCAAUGGGUCAACGUGACACAUUUGUUGGGACCUACAAUUACAUGUCGCCAGAGAGAAUUAGUGGAAGCUCUUAUGACUAUAGCUGUGACAUUUGGAGUUUGGGUAUAAUUGUAUUGGAGUGUGCCAUUGGACGCUUCCCCUACAUACAAUCUGAGGAUCAGCAAAGUGCACCGAGCUAUUUUGAGCUUCUGGCAGCGAUUGUGGGAAGUCCAGCACCUUGUGCCCCAUCCGAUCAGUUUUCACCAGAAUUUUGUUCCUUUAUCUCUGCUUGCAUACAAAAGGACCCAAAAGAUAGAUGGACAUCUUCGGACCUUCUGAAACAUCCAUUCAUCAAAAAAUUCGAGGACAAAGAUAUUGAUCUGCGUAUUCUGGUUAGCAGUUUAGAACCCCCUGUAAAUUUUUUGAGAUAAGUUUUCUCACUGUUGUAAUAUUGUAGCUAUUUGUAGCUAAUGUAACAAUAUUUUCUACUAUACUAUGUGAAAGUAUACUGGUUUAAACUUAUAAAUCAAGCCAGUAAUCAUUUUAGUUA